CUACCUCAUACUUCCAUCAAAAGAACAACCGACCUUAUACCACCACCACGCCCGCUGGGUCUUCAGACUAAAUAUCAAAUUAUUUGUCUCUUUGUACUCAGGUCCUUGUGCAGUAGCUGAGCAUUGAUACAGACAAUACCUAUUGACGUGAGGGUUGGGCUACCCAGUUGUCACGAUGGAGGAACAAUCGCCACUACCUGGAAAGGUCCAACUACAAUCUAUGGACGAUUUUAUGAGGGAGGGAGAUGAGAGGGAGGCUGCUUUACUUGGAAGUCAACCCAAAGGUCAACCAGCACCGACCAAGAAGCCGAAGAGAUUCAUCGAUCAAGAGAUUCUCGACGAGGAAGCAAUUGCGGUCAAAGAUAUGGGUGACACGAAUUGGAUCGGAAAAUUAAACGGUAGGAUAUUCUCGGGAUACGGAUGUCAGAAUUUUGAAAGACUGACACUAAUCUCAUUACAUAGAAUAUCGAAGUGUUCACCCAGCGGCGACGGGAACAGGCUUGACUUACACCGAACACACAUUACCAGGGAAUCCACCACGCUUCUCAUGCGCCGUGGAAAUUCGUGAGACGCCUAUAAAAUUUGGAGGAAACUCGAAUGUCAUAUCUUUCGCAAACAAAAAAGCCGCCAAACACUACGCCUCCAAACGAGCCAUCGACUGGUUGGUGGGAAACGGCUUCAUGCCCAAUUACGCAUCAUUAAAAUUCCCCAAAGCUUCUCAGCCACAACCCAAGCAAACUGCCAAAGCGCCCAAACCCCAACCACCACCGCCACAACAACAACAAUCUGCAGCUGCACCUUCCACGCCCAACAAAAUCAAAUAUACGAGCCAGGUUCCUGAUCUUUGCAAUCGGCUAGGAUUUGAUGUUCCAAGAUACGAGCUCACCAAAGUCGUCGAGAAUGCUGCAUUGUGGGAUGGUUACGCGCAUUUCGCCGGGGACCCCCGAAUCGAUGGUCCGGUUGGUAUGGUAAAGGGUGUCUUCGGACAGAAAAACGCAAAGGAAGCAAUCGCACAGGAACUUGUCAGUUUCCUCAAAUCGAUAGAGAAACAUAGGACGGAGCAGCAAGAGGCCGAAGAGAAGAAAAGAAAGAGAGAAUCAAUGGAUUCCGUCCACGAGGAUUUGGCAGUGCUGGCCGCAAAGGCCGCAAAAACCGACAAUAAGUCGCAUGCCACGGAGAGUUUUGAAUAGCAAGGGGGUAGGGGGGAAUUUAGGUCAAUGUAAUGUGAGCGAGAUUGGAUAUGGAAGUUGAUGUAUGGGUACGGGUACUAGGUAAAGAGCUAUGUAUGCAUGAGACGAAGCUCUUAGAGAGAAAUGAGAUUCUCCUCUUACAGUAUUAUCAGCCCCAUUUCUUUGGCUUUUCAGGUGUAUGUUGAUGUGCUUACAGAUGGAUUACAUCUCAUGUUAGAACACGCUAAAUCGGUGUACUGUAUGCACG